CACACACACACACACACACACACACACACACACACACACACACACACACACACACUCUGAGAGAGAGAGAGAGAGAGAGAGAGAGAGAGAGAGAGAGAGAGACAGAGAGACAGAGAGAGAGAGUAAAGGGAGACGGAGUAGAGGGAGAAUCCCAGAGUCUGUACAGAGUCACAGGUGCUGUGUCACAAGAGUAGGGCCGAUAUCUAUAUCUAUCCCAGGCCUUCUUACCACAUUAACUUGCACAAGGCCUCAAGCCAGCAAAAAUAGCACCCAUCUCCCUGUUGUUUUUGUCAGUUGUACAUAUAAUUGUAUAUCGAAUAUAAUUGUAAUGAUGUAAUCACAAAUAUAUUUUUAUUCAUGAAUGACUAUUACAUCAAGCCAAAUUCCGUCUUUUUCAUGGAAUGAAUUGCAUAAAAAUACAUGUGCGCGCGCACGCACGCACGCACGCACGCACGCACGCACGCACGCACGCACGCACGCACGCACGCACGCACGCACGCACGCACGCACACGCACACGCACACGCACACGCACACGCACACGCACACGCACACGCACACGCACACGCACACACACACACACACACACACACACACACACAAGGAAGAGGAUAUUCCCAGAGUGUAUUUACAUUGAGUGCAUACGCAGGUACAUGGGGAUGUUCUGCCAUAUAGGCCAUAGUUUCCACAGAUCAAGUUUUAAUCAACACCACAUAUCACCACUGCCACUAGUGCCACCCAUCAUGCUUCCUGUACGACAGCGGUUCCCAAACUGUGUGCUGCGCCUCCCUGGUGGGCUGUGGUGAUUCUGCAGUGUUACCAGAUUAUUAGGUUGAAGAUCGUCAUACGGCCCACACGCCCAGAUCCGCAACUAUGAAGUCCAGCAGAGACAGUGGCAAGGGGAGCGAGGCGGGACCAGGGCAGGCACCGCGCUUUGUCAAGCCAAUGGAAGACAUGUGCAUCCCCCCUCAAAACAAGCUGCGCCUGGAGUGCAAGUACACAGGCUCCCCCAAGAUGUUUGUGACGUGGUUCAAGGAUGGCAGGCAGCUGUUCGGGUCCAUGCGCUUCAAGAAAGAUGCGACGGAUGACGGCUGUGUCCUGGAGUGCCGCCACCAGUGCGACAAGGACACUGCAGGGAAGUACUCCUGCGAGGUUAAAAAUGCCUAUGGCACUGAAAUGUGUCACGCACAGGUCACGGUGGAGGGAGCUCAGCCAGCUGGUGUCGCACCAGGUAACUUUACAGCAGUCAAACCUGUCAGGACACCAGGAGCGCUGGCCAUCCCCAAGGGACUGGAGAAGGAGGCAGAGCCACCCACAGCUCCAUUUGGCAGGGCUGGAGCACCAGCACCUGCUAGACCCAUGUUUGGUUUGAAAAAAAAAGUACCAGCCCCAGCCAAGGCACAAGCCCCAGCCCCAGCCGCAGCCCCAGCCGCAGCCCCAGCCCCAGCCGCAGCCCCAGCCCCAGCCCCAGCCCCAGCCCCAGCCCCAGCCCCAGCCCCAGCCAAGGCACCAGUCCCAAGCAGGACUGGAGCAGCAGAACCUCCUCAUUUUGAGACCAAGUUGAGUGAUGUUAGUUUCACUUCAGAAAAGAAGCUCUACUUGGAGUGCACCUUCACUGGAGCUCCUCAAAUGUUUGUCACCUGGUACAAGGAUGGAAAGCAGCUCUACGCCUCCUACCGCUUCAACAUCAAACUCAUUGGCAAUAGAUGCACCGUGGAGGGACUGUAUCCAUGCGGCAAAGACACUCCUGGAGUUUAUGCAUGUGAAAUAAGCAACCAGUAUGGAACGGAGAUCUGCAAAGCCACUGUGACAAUGGAACCUGCUCGCUUUGAGACCAAACUGAAAGAUCUUACCCUCACUACAAAGGAGAAGCUCUACCUGGAGUGCACCUUCUCUGGGUCUCCUAAGAUGUUUGUUACCUGGUACAAGGAUGGAAAGCAGCUCUACGCCUCCUACCGCUUCAACACCAAACUCAUUGGCAAUAAAUGUAUCUUGGAGGGACUGUACUACUGUGGCAAAGACACCCCUGGAGUUUACUCCUGUGAAAUCACCAAUGAUUAUGGAACCGAUAUCUGCAAAGCAACUGUGAAAAUGGAACCUGCUCAUCUUGAAACCAAACUGAAGGACGUUACCUUCACUUCGAACCAGAUGCUGUACUUGGAAUGCACCUUUUCUGGAUCUCCUAAGAUGUUUGUCACCUGGUACAAGGAUGGAAAGCAGCUCUACGCCUCCUACCGCUUCAACACCAAAAUCAUUGGCAAUAGAUGCAUCGUGGAGGGACUGUACGAGUGUGGCAAAGACAGCGCAGGAGUUUACGCCUGUGAAGUCAGUAACGAUUAUGGAACAGAGAUGUGCAAAGCAACCGUGGCCGUGAAAAUGGAGCCAAAAAAGACACCUCAAUCUGGAGAAGAGGUGAAGAAGCCAGCAUCACCAGAGCAUAAAAAGCCAUCUGGACCCGCAGAGCCUCCUCACUUUGUUACCAAACUGAAGGAUGUUACAUUCACUUCAAACCAGAGGCUCUAUCUGGAGUGCACCUUUUCUGGAUAUCCUGAGAUGUUUGUCACCUGGUACAAGGACGGAAAGCAACUCUACGCCUCCUACCGCUUCAACACCAAACUCAUUGGCAAUAAAUGCAUAGUGGAGGGCCUGUAUGAGUGUGGCAAAGACACCCCUGGAGUUUACUCCUGUGAACUCAGCAAUCAGUUCGGAACGGACACCUGCAAAGCAAAUGUGUCUGUGAAAAUGGAACCGAAAAAGUGCACUGGACCUCCAGCACCGGCUCACUUUGUUACCAAACUGAAGGAUGUCACCUUCACUUCCAACCAGAAGCUCUUUCUGGAGUGCACCUUCUCUGGAUCUCCUAAGAUGUUUGUCACCUGGUACAAAGACGGAAAGCAGCUCUACGCCUCCUACCGGUUCAACACCAAACUCAUUGGCAAUAGAUGUACUGUGGAGGGCCUGUAUGAGUGUAGCAAAGACACUCCUGGUGUUUAUGCUUGUGAAGUCAGCAAUAAGUACGGAACCGAGAUCUGCAAAGCCAACGUGUCUGUGAAAAUGGAACCGAAACAGUGCGCUGGACCUCCAGAACCUGCUCACUUUGUUACCAAACUGAAGGAUGUCACCUUCACUUCCAACCAGAAGCUCUAUUUGGAGUGCACUUUCACUGGAUCUCCUAAGAUGUUUGUCACCUGGUACAAGGAUGGAAAGCAGCUCUACGCCUCCUACCGCUUCAACACCAAACUCAUUGGCAAUAGAUGCAUCGUGGAAGGACUGUAUGAGUGUGGCAAGGACACCCCUGGAGUUUAUGCUUGUGAAGUCAGCAAUACACACGGAACCGAGAUCUGCAAAGCAAAUGUGUCUGUGAAAAUGGAAGAGGUGAAGAAUCCAGCAACACCAGAAGAGGUGAAGAAGCCAGCAACACCAGAAGUGGUGAAGCCACCAGCAACCCCAGAAGUGGUGAAGGAAGCAGCUACCCCAGAACUGAAAAAGGACGCUGGACCUCCAGAGAAGAAAGUCUCUAAACUGCCCGACGGCUAUGCUGCACCUCGUUUCACCAUGCGCAUGGGUGACAAGACCAUACCCCUGCACGAUAAACUGCGUCUGGAGUGUAGAUUCACCGGCUCUCCUAAGCUGUUCGUCACCUGGUACAAGGAUGGCAAGCAGCUGUACGCUUCAUACAGGUACAACACCAAGGUGAUCGGAAACACCUGCAUCCUGGAGGCCCUUCACUCCUGCAACAAGGAUACACCUGGGCACUACACCUGUGAGGUCAGCAACCUGGCCGGCUCAGAGUUCUGCCAUUCCCAAGUCAGUGUUGUCACAGAACCUGCUCGCUUUGUGACCAAACUGAAGGACGUGACCUUCACCAUGCGCCAGAAGCUGAGGCUGGAGUGCACCUUCAAGGGCGUCCCCAAGAUGUUUGUCACCUGGUACAAGGACGGCAAGCAGCUCUACGCCUCCUACAGGUACAACACCAAACUGGUUGGAAACAAAUGCAUCUUGGAGGGGCUGUACGAGUGUAGCAAAGACAACGCUGGAGUUUACGCCUGUGAAGUGAGCAAUCUGUACGGAACGGAAUUCUGCUAUGCCAAUGUGUCUGUCAAAUCAGAACCAGCUCAGUUUGUGAAGAAGCUGAAGGAUACUUCCUUCGGUCUGGGCAAGAAGCUCAGACUGGAGUGCAAGUUCACCGGCUCUCCUAAGCUCUUCAUCACCUGGUACAAGAAUGGCAAACAGCUCUACGCCUCCUACAGGUACAACACGAAGGUGGUGGGCAACACCUGCGUCCUGGAGGGCCUGUACGGGAUGAAGCCGGAGAAUGCCGGACGCUAUUCCUGCGAAGUGUCCAACUCACACGGAACUGACAUCUGUCAUGCAGAUGUUACCGUGGCAACAGAGCCAGCCCAUUUCGUGACCAAGCUAAAGAACCAGACCAUCGGCAUGAGCAAGAAGCUUGUGCUGGAGUGCACCUUCACUGGAGCACCCAAGAUGUUCGUCACCUGGUACAAGGACGGCAAGCAGCUCUACGCCUCCUACAGGUACAACACUAAGAUGACCAGGAACACCUGCUCGGUUGAGUGCCUGUAUGAGUGCACCAAGGACACCACGGGUAUCUACUCCUGUGAGGUCAGCAAUGCCUACGGAUCAGACAUCUGUCACGCUCAUGUUGUUGCUGUGCCAGAGCCUCCUCAGUUUGUUACAAAGCUGAAGGACACCACUCUCCCACUCUGUGACAAGCUCAAGCUCCAGUGCACCUUCAAGGGAGCCCAGAAGAUGUUUGUCACCUGGUACAAGGACGGCAAGCAGGUCUACGCCUCAUACAGAUACAACACCAAGGUCACCAAGAACACCUGCACCCUCGAGUGCCUCUAUGAGAGCAACGCACAGACUAAAGGAAGAUACGCCUGUGAGGUCUCCAACAAGCAUGGCUCUGACAUCUGCUACGCCCAGGUCACCGCAGAGCCAGACCCUGUGCGCUUCGUGAAGAAGCUGAAGGAUGUGUCCUUCUCUGUGGGCCAGAAGCUGAGGCUGGAGUGCAGCUUCGCUGGUGCCUCCAAGGUCACGCCCACCUGGUGCAAGGAUGGCAAGGAAUUGCCGGCCUCCAGCGACUACACAACCAAGGUGAGCGGCAACACCUGUGUGCUGGAGUACCUGAAGCCCUGCGCCAAGGACGUAGCCGGCAAAUACACCUGUCAGGUGGUCAACAGGUUCGGAUCCGACAAGUGCUACGCUCACGUCACCAUCGUCGCAGAUGCUCCACAUUUCGUGAAGAAGCUGUCCAACGUGCAGGUCUACCCUGGCCAGAAAAUGACUCUGGAAUGUUCCUUCACCGGAGCUUCCGGAAUGUUUGUCACCUGGUACAAGGAUGGCAAGCAGCUCUACGCCUCCUACCGCUUCAACACUAAGCUGGUGAGCAACAGGUGCAUUCUAGAAGGGUUGUACGGCAGCUCCUCAGCGACCGCCGGAAGAUACUCCUGCGAGAUCAGCAAUGGACAUGGAACAGACGUCUGCUAUGCCGACAUCACUGUGGGAACAGAAACUCCCCACUUCGUGAAGAAGUUGUCUCCCAUGACGAUUCCAAUCGGCAAGAAGAUCAAGCUGCAGUGCACCUUCACCGGAGCCCAGAAGCUCUUCGUCACCUGGUAUAAGGACGGCAAGCAGGUCUACGCCUCCUACAGGUACAACACCAAGGUCAGCAACAACUCCUGCACGCUGGAGUUCCUGCACAAGACCACCAAGAAGACCACUGGGGUGUACUCCUGUGAACUCAGCAAUUCCUAUGGAACAGCCGUCUGCUGUGCCAAGGUCACUGCUGAGUCAGAGACUCCUUGCUUCGUGAAGAAGCUAGAGAAUGUCCUGAUCCCCAUGAGCCAUAAGCUGAGACUGGAGUGCCGCUUCACCGGAGCACCCAAGCUCUUCGUCACCUGGUACAAGGACGGCAAGCAGCUGUACGCCUCCUACCGGUACAACACCAAGGUUACAGACCAUUCUUGCAUCCUUGAGGGCCUGUACGAGUGCAACAAGGGCACGGCUGGAAGAUACUCCUGUGAGAUUAGCAACUGCUACGGAACAGCCCUCUGCCACGCCAUGGUCGUCCCCAUAUCAGAACCUGCACGCUUUGUCAAGAAGCUGGAGAACGCCCACUUCCUGGUGGGCGAACACCUGAGGCUGGAGUGCAGCUUCAAGGGUGCCCCCAAGGUGUCAGUGGCAUGGUUCAAGGACGGCAAGACGCUGGAGGGCUCCAGCAAAUACAAGAUGAAGGUGGAGGGACACACCUGCGUGUUGGAAGGCCUGCAGGCCUUUGACAAGGACACACUUGGCAGGUACACCUGUGAAGUGACCAAUUCCUACGGAUCAGACAUGUGCUCUGCACAGGUGACCAUGAAGACAGAGCCAGCUAGCUUCGUCACAAAGCUGAAGGACCAAAAAGUGCCCAUGAGCAAGAAGAUGAAGCUGGAGUGUACCUUCGCCGGAGCACAGAAGCUGACAGUCAACUGGUACAAGGACGGCAAGAAGCUGACGACACCCAACGGCUACAACCCGCAGGUGAUCGGCAACCGCUGCGUCCUAGAAUCGGUGAAGGAGUGCAGUAAGGACUGCACGGGCAAGUGGUCCUGCGAGGUGUCCAACACGUACGGGAGUGACAUCUGCCACGCACAUAUCACAGCUGUACCAGAGCCGGCUCACUUCGUGAUGAGGCUGCAGACCCUCGACAUCCCCAUGACGGACAAGCUGAGACUUGUCUGCACCUUCACCGGUGCCCCUGACAAGAUGGCUGUCAACUGGUACAAAAACCACAAGCUUAUCGUUGCCAACGAGACGUACAAGAUGAAGGUGUCCAACAAUGCCUGCAUCCUGGAGGGCCUUCAACAGUGCACCAAGGACACGUCCGCAAUGUACUCUUGCGAAGUUAAGAAUGCAUUCGGACACGAUAUCUGCCACGCACAGAUCACAGUGGUGAAAGAACCUGCUCGCUUUGCGAAGAAAAUGAAGGACGUCGCCAUAGCGAUGAGUGACAAGCUGAGGCUGGAGUGCACUUUCAAGGGCGUCCCUAAGAUGUUUGUCACCUGGUACAAGGACGGCAAGCAGCUCUAUGCCUCCUACAGGUACAACACUAAGGUGAUUGGGAACAAGUGUAUCCUGGAGGCCCUCCACCCCUGCAGCGCCACCACUGCUGGCAUCUACUCCUGUGAAGUCAGCAACUCCUACGGUGUCGCCCUCUGUCACGCUCAGGUCACCACAGUACCAGACGUCCCCAAGUUGGUGAAGAAGCUGUCUGACCGCUGCUUGAAGAGCGGAGAGAAGCUGCAUCUCGAGUGCACAUUCACAGGAGCAAAGAAGCUGUUCGUCACCUGGUACAAGGACGGCAUGCAGCUCUACGGCUCUUACAGGUACAACACCAAGAUGACAGAUGACACCUGCAUCCUGGAGGCCCUGCACAAGUGCAGCAAUGCCACCAACGGGAAGUACUCGUGUGAGAUCCACAACUCCCACGGCACCGAUACCUGCCAUGCAAACAUCCACUUCGGACCAGUGCCAGUGCCAGAGCGCCCCAAGCCAGUUGAGACAAAGAAGAGCACCUCCUCCUCCUCCGUCUCCUCCUCUACCCCCGCCCCUAAAGCCACACCCACCUCCAGAGUGCAGGUGGGCCUGAAGCCACAGCCAGCAGCAUCAAAGGCAGCCCUAUCCACUGGACCUCACCGCAAAUUUUGAGCAGUCAGUCAGAGAAAGACAACAAUAUCCCAUGAAGCAUUGGGGCUACAGCUACAGCACAGCCACACCUUCAAGCACUCCAACAACCAGCAAGACGUCGGCCAUCUUGGAAUCAUCAUCACAGAGAUCAAUGAAUGAAUGAAUGAAUUCAUGAAUGAAUUCAUGAAUGAGUGCAUUUAUAACACUGUAGAGAGCAGUGAAGGUUAACUACCUCACCAGGGCCACUUCCUCUACCACUGUAGCAACGCUGCGAACAGUCUUCAGUAGCGUCACCGCUAAUGGGCCUCUAGCAUUACCGCUAAAGUCCUUCAGUUGCAACAAAGCUAAUGGGCCUCCUCUAGAAACACUUCUAACAGCCUCCUUGAGCUUUUCACAGUGCCCUGUGAACACCGCCCAGUAGUGCUCCCCUUAGUCUCUUAAUGCACCUAUUUAAAGCCUGAAUAAGCGCUGUCCUGUAUCUGUAAUGCAUGCCAGUCUCCUCUUCUGAGAUCUUCACACACAUGAACUUGCUCUGGGCAGAGGCUCCUCUCAGGCUGCAGAUCGUUCAGUAGCGUCUCGCUCUUGGAAAGAAAGCAACAACUUAACGCACUGCUUUAGUUUGUGCUAAUGGGAGGCAGUGUCAAGGCUUCAUAUAGUGUUUUUUUAUAUUCAUACAGUAUUUUUAUUAACAGAAUUGUUUUGAAGGAAGUAGCAUUAGUUCAGUGAUGUAAUGCACUACAUCUCACCACAUUACACUCUGUAAGACAUUAAGAGGAAUCAGGGUAUUUUUUCAUCGUCUACAUUACCCAGGCAGUCUCUGUGGUCCAGGAUGAAAAUAAAAUCAAAUAAAAUACAAUAAAAAAUGAAAAAUAAUUUACAGCAUGACAUGCAUUGCUGAGUAAUACUAGUUAACACGCUAGGUCUGCUUAGGUUAGUCAGGUGGAUGUUUGUUAGUUACAUUUUUUUUGUUUCAUUCUUUCGCAUGUUGAUGGCUUAGCUUGAUAGCAUUACUAGACUAGAACUACCCAAUGCUGCUUUAGGUAGAAUGAAUAACCUCUGUCAUUGCUAAAAAUGCCUUUAAAAAUAUAAAACAAUAAAAAUGUAUUUACGGUUCCAUCAAGGUGAGUACAUUUUUGAGUACAUGCAUAGAACAUGUCUCUUCUUUUUCAGUAAGUGAGUGAGCUGUUGCAGGUUACCAUAGCAGCAGUGCUAUGUAAACAUAGAGGCACCUCUCGUCACCCAGCCUUGGGAUGCUGCCCUGACACACAGUAACAUUAGCCAAUGACAACAUAGCCAACACAGAGAGUAGCUUAGAGAGUAACUACACCCCUUAGAGGAGUCUUAAACUCUACUCUCUGAGUGCUGAAUUAUCACUUAGAGAUAGAAUUUAACAUUUUUCUAUACAGUGCAUUUUGGCCUAUUCUCUGAGUGUUGAAUUAAGAAAACAAUGUGUGUACUGUGUGCACUGGCCUCCUGCUCCAGCUCUCAGUGUUUGGGCCCUGUGUUUUGCUAACCAAUGAGACCUUUUUAUACUGUCGGCCCAUUCCCCAUAAUGCAUCGCAUCAUCACGACACACACACAGUAAAGUUUGGACUCUUUUACGAAUGUUAAAAGCGGAGGAGUUUGAAGAUGUCAGUGUCCAGAUGUCCAGACUGACUUCCGAUGAUGCAAUAAAACUUGUUGCAAA